AUACUGGAAUAGGUUAUGUUGAUUAUUUUGUUUACUUUAUUUUUAAAGUUACCAAUUUUCAACCAAAGUAUGCAGCAAAGAGAAGAAAAACAACUUGAGUCUGCUUUGGACGCGAUUAUUCAAAGAGUAAAUGAUUUGAAACAAUCAAUAGCAUCAAUGAUAUUUAAAAUUGAAAAUGAAUAUGAUGCUAUUAAUUGGCCAACUUUUUUGGAUAAUUAUGCUUUAAUAUCAGGGCAAUUAACAUCUCUUUCCAAAGUAAUGAGUCAUGAUAAAUGUCCAGUGUUAAGAAAUUUAACUGUUUUACCACUAAUGUUAUCUCCUGAAAGAGAUGAACAACUUGCACAAAUUACUGAACACAGAGUAACAACAUUUGCUCAUGACUUAGUUCCUGAUUACCUUAGAACAAAGUUAGAACCAAUGGCAGAAACAAAAAUGAUGCAAUUGGAAAAUAAGGCUUUAAGUUUGCAAUAUGAUAAUGCUCAGAAACAAAUUGCAACAUAUCAGAAGGUUGUUUCCCAUGUUUGGGAUAUUGUGAGUAAAGCAAGAGAAGAAUGGGAGGUGGAAUCAUCAUCUAGAGGAAAUACGCAGCAAAAUUCAAGUGUUGCCGACACACAGCUUUUAGUGACUGCAGUUGGAAUGGGCAAAGGAUUGAAGAUGGGUCCAAGUCCAAAUGGUCAAGCAAAUCCAACAUCUGGUGGAAUGAUGGUAACACCUACAGGAAGACCAGGGGGUCCACCAGGCCCUGGUCAGAUGCCACCUACUACUCAAGCUAUGGCGAUGAAUAAAGCUCCGUCUGCGAUAAAAACAAAUAUUAAAAGUGCAGGUCAAAUGCAUCCAUAUGGUCGGUAAAUAGUUCUCUAUUAUUAUUGUGUGGACUUUUUAAGUUAAAAAGAUAUUGCAGUAAUUAUUUAUUUUAAGCUGAUAAAAACAAAAAAAGUUGUGUUAGUGUAGUUAGAGCGAAUUUUAGAUUUAAAAUAACUUAAUUAGUGGAUAUUAUUUAAAAAUGUAAAUUAUUGAAAAUAAUAUGACCUAUUUUUUUCAGUUUCUAAUUUUAAGUGAAUUUUUGUUGUAAAAAUGAGUUAUCUUUUUUUAUAAUAUUAUAUAUAAUUAUUUUAUAUCUCCGAAGAAUAAAUGUAUGAAUUUAUAUAAUAAAUAAAGCGAUAUAAACUG